AUGGUUCCGAGUGCAAGCCAACUUGACGAGGCCAAACGUCAAAGAGCCAAUGUCAAACGAAACAUUUCGCGAAUUAAAUCAGUAGUUAACGAACAUGUUGAAGAGGAGUCUUUCAACCGCUCUGCCGCUGAACUCCAAUGCCGUCUGGGAAUUUUGGAAUCCUACUUUAAACAGGCGCUAGUGAUUCAAACUAAAAUUGAAACUCUGGAUUCAGCGGCCAACGGGCGUGUUGACAUUGAGGAGUCAUACAUAGCGACCAAAUUGGCUAUCAAACAACUACUCGGUGAAAAUCUAAGCAGCACAAUGCUCGAAUCCAAUCCACCGGCACUGCCGCAGUCAAAGCUCCCAAGGCUGCCGCUGCCAACUUUUGAUGGUACUCACACGGAGUAUAAAAACUUCAUGACUUCAUUUAUGCAGCUUACUGGACGUGAGAAUUUGUCAUCAAUUGAGAAAUUCAACCAUCUUCUCAACUAUUUGAAGGGCCCAGGACUGGAAGCAGUAAAGGCGUUUCCAGUGACCAGCGAAAACUUUCCCAAGGCUUUGGAUAGGUUGAAGGCUCGAUACGACAAGCCAGGGCUAAUAUUUAUGGAAACAAUGACCACAAUCUUUAAAUUGCAGCCUGUUAACUCUUCGAAUGCACAACAAUUGCGAAGCUUGAUCGAUAUUUCAUCCGCCCUAUUCAGCUCUCAGUCGUCGCUGGGCUCAGAUGCACAAAUUUCGGAGGCAAUGCUGAUCUACCUGGUUAUGGACAAGUGCGAUCAACAAACUCGGAAUAAAUGGAAUGAAUCCCUGGACUACUCUUCGUUGCCAUCCUGGACAUUUGCACUCACCAAGACCACAUGCGUCUUUUGCUCCAGCGCUGGACACAGACUCAUGGCAUGCGACCAGCUUCGGAAUUUGGACUCACUGCAACGCCUAGAAGUGGUGAAAAAACAGGGCCUUUGUGUCAAUUGUCUUGGCAAAGGACAUAAGGUGUCAAACUGCCCGUCGAAAAAUCGCUGUCGAAGUUGCAAUCAGCCGCAUCAUACGCUCUUGCAUCACCACAACUCUCCGAAGUCGUUAUCAUUACCUUCGACAAGCUCGUCCCAGCCCAGCGGAACAGCAGCUUAUUCUCAACCACAAUUGAGCGCAGCACCAAACUACGUGAAUGUGCAGCCGUAUCCUAUCGGAGCUGCAACCCAUGCGCACGCUCAAUCAGAUGCAAGAGGGGGAUCACAAGUCAUCCUAGCCACAGCAAUGGUGCAGGUUCAGGACUCAAUUGACUCCUUCAGACUCGGGAGAGCGCUUCUCGACUCCUGCUCUCAGGUCAAUUUUAUAACCGAGGCUUUUGCUCAUAAACUCAGAUUUCCGAGGGACAAACAUAGUGUUCAAAUUCGCAGUAUCGGCGACUCGAACACGCACAUCAAACACCGUACAUCAACAACAAUCAAAUCUCGUCUUUCGCUUUUCGAAUUGUCUCUCGAUCUCUGCAUAACGCCUAACAUUGCAUAUCAGCCGGAUACCCAAAUUGACAUCUCGAACUGGAACCUUCCACCCAACACGCCGUUAGCGGACGAACAAUUUCAUCUUUCCCGAAACGUCGACAUGCUGCUAGGUGCAGAGGCAUUCUACGAUAUUCUAGCAGUGGGCCAAGUCAAACUGGGCUCCAAUUUGCCGACUCUCCAAAAGACACUAUUCGGUUGGGUAGUAGCGGGAAGCCAUCGCCCAAACCAAUCAAAGGAGUCCUACGCAUAUCUGGCUCAAAGCUCUGCAGCCAUUGAUGCAAAUCUAAAGCGUCUGUGGGAGGUCGAAACAAUCAGCACCUCGGGUGAACGACUUAAGCCAGAACAUAAGUUAUAUUUCUCAACGUCGAACGCCCAAUAUAGGACGUUCAUGAACGAAUAUGAACAAAUGGGUCACAUGGAGCUAGUGGCAAAUCCCAAUUUAUCGGCCCCUCACUACUACGUUCCUCACCACUGUGUGCUACAGCCAGCCUGUGAAUCUACAAAGCUUCGAGUUAUAUUCGAUGCGUCCUGCAAAACGUCAAGUCAAGUCUCCUUGAAUGACAUCUUACUUUGCGGUCCCACGAUUCAAGAUGAUCUCGUCAUGCUACUGCUACGUUUUAGACUUUCAAGAUAUGCCCUGACAGCCGACAUAGCGAAGAUGUACAGGCAAGUAAAUGUUGAUAUUAGUGACCGCAAAUUUCAGUACAUUCUCUGGCGAGAUUUCCCAGGCGAUCAACUACGCACAUAUCAGCUUUAUACGAUCACUUACGGAACGGCUUCCGCACCAUAUCUCGCUGUACGUAGCCUACACCAUUUAGCGGAUCUUCAUGGUGCUGAAUUUCCCAUUGGUGCUGCCGUUAUAAGGACUUCAUUCUAUGUUGACGAUUUAAUAACUGGUGCAGACGAAAUAUCGACUCUGUCAGUCAUAAAGGAUCAAGUUACCAAAUUACUAGAACGCGGUCAGUUUCCGCUUACCAAAUGGCACUCAAAUCACAUGGACUUCGUCGAGAGUCGCAACAACAAGGAUCUCAAUCCAUGCAUAAACGCUAUGACUAGUGCACUUGGAGUACAUUGGCAUCAGAAUUCCGAUGCCCUACGAUUUGCAUUUACGCCCAAAACCGUGCCUGCAGCAAUCACAAAACGUACUAUUCUAUCUGUUGCGUCUGCACUAUACGACCCACUUGGAUUGCUGUCACCGCUAAUUAUCGUCGCCAAGAUCAUUCUACAGGAACUCUGGCUAGCAGGAUUGAGUUGGGAUGAAUCGGUACCGCAACACUUGCAAAUCGCUUGGAUUCCUUUAGAACCUGUUCAAACCUUUCGGUGCCACGCUAUUGUCUACAAGCUCAAUACCUAUCAGUUCAAAUUCACAGAUUCUGUGACGCGUCAAUCCGAGCAUAUGGUUGCGCCAUUUAUCUACGUACCGAAUGCAUCGACGGAACCAUCGCUGUUCAACUGUUUACUUCUAAGUCCAGAGUGGCCCCGAGCCCCACAUUUCGGCGGACUUUGGGAAGCGGCAGUAAAAAGUGCAAAAGGACUGCUGAACAGAACUCUUAUGAAUACGCGGCUCACCUUUGAAGAGCUCACCACCGUGGCAGCUGAAGUCGAGGCCAUACUCAACUCACGCCUGUUAACCCUAUUAUCGCCUGAUCCGAGUGAUUUUGGAGCGAUCACUCCGGGUCACCUCCUGGUUGGAAAGCCGUUGCGUGCCAUGCCGGAACGCCACAUCACCACAGCCAACAUCACCAAUCUUCAGCGCUUUGACGUCGUGACGGCCAUCAAGCAAGAGUUUUGGCGCCGUUGGUCAGCGGAAUAUAUCAACGAACUGCAAGCCCGCACUAAAUGA